CCUGUUUCAAAUUAAAACAAAACGCGGGUAACCAGUAAACAAUACUUUGUAAGUAAAUUUUUUUUAGAUGUCCAAAUUACAACGUAAAAUGAAAAUUUUAUAAGAUCAUUUAUCAAAUAAUCAUGUCGGUUAUCAAUUUUUUGAAGAGAUUUAACGUGAUUCGCACUAAAAUACCACCUAUAAGCAGUGCCCGCUGUUUUUGUUCAGAUGAAUGUGCAGAUGAAAAGAAAGGACUUAUACUUGGUGUCUACGAAGGUGAAAAUGAAGAACCGGUAUUUACAAAAGCUGCGUCAAAAUUUAACGAUCAUUUAGGAGGAAAACUCUUAGAAUUAGUAAAAACAGGAGGAUGCGAAAUAAAACGCGGCGAUGGCCGCACCUACAACAAUCUGGACAAGGAGUUCUGGUCGGUGGCUGUUGUGGGCCUGGGCAAGGAGAAGCUGGCCUACUGCGAGAUGGAGGCUAUAGACGAGGGGCUGGAGACGGUGAGGGAGGCGGCCGGCAUCGGGGCGCAGCUCCUCAAGCGCCAGUGCGUCGGCCGGAUACUGAUCGAGGGCCUGGGUCACCCGGAACAGGCGGCGGAGGGCAGCGCGCUGGCGCUCUGGCGGUAUCAGGAAAACAGAUCUCGCCAGCAUUGGAAGCCCAUUCCCACGCUAGAGUUGUUCGACGACAGCGACGCGGAAAGUUUUCAGAGGGGCCUCUUCAAGGCGGAGUCCCAGAACUUGGCCAGGCGAUUGUCGGACACCCCCGCCAACCAAAUGACGCCGCUGCAUUUUGCGCAGGAAACCGUCAACGAGCUGUGUCCCUGCGGGAUCAAAGUGAUGGUCCACGAUAAAGACUGGGUGGAGAGUAAGAAGAUGAACGCUUUCUUAACGGUAGCUCGGGGUUCCUGCGAACCACCAGUCGUCGUUGAAAUAUCGUAUUGCGGCGCCCAUCAAGAUCAAAAACCCAUUUUGAUGGUAGGCAAAGGAAUCACUUUUGACAGCGGAGGAUUGUGCAUAAAGAGGUGCGACGGUAUGGAUAGAUAUAGGGCGGACAUGGUGGGAGCAGCGGCUAUAAUUGCAGCCAUUAGGGCAGCUUCAGCUUUAAGUUUGCCCAUUAACAUCGAGGCUGUGAUUCCCCUAUGCGAAAAUAUGCCCAGCGGUAUGGCAAUGAAAUGCGGAGACGUUGUUAUGGGUCUGAACGGAAAAUCCAUCAUGAUCACCGACACUGACAACGAGGGGCGGCUUAUUUUGGCGGACGCUUUGGUAUACGGACAGAACGCACACAGUCCAAGACUCAUCAUCGAUGUGGCCAGUUUAACACCAGGUGUUCGGGCCGCUCUGGGAUCAGCUGCUAGCGGGGUCUUCUGUAAUUCUCAAACUAUGUGGUCACAGGUACGAAAAGCAGGAGUAAUAACAGGCGACAGAGUUUGGCGGCUACCCCUCUGGAAAUACUUCACGAAGAAAGUCACUCAGUUCCGGUCGCACGACGUAAACAACAAGGGCCUGGGUCACGGGUCCUCCUGCAUCGGCGCCGCGUUCCUCAACGAGUUCAUCGACUGCGUCGACUGGAUCCACUUUGACGUGACCGGCGUCGGUUUCAGAGCCGAAGAGAAGAACUACUCGUACCUCACAAAAGGCAGGAUGACGGGCCGGCCGACGCGGACGCUGAUCCAACUCCUCUACCAGCUGUCUUGUCCGUCGGAGGGUCAACGGAAACUCGAAUAGGAGAUUUCCUCCUUGUAACGCUCCUCCUCCUCCUUCCUCCCUCCCUCUUUCCCCUCUCAUCAUCCCCUUUUUAUGCUCACAUUUCAUCGUCUCUUGUCGAUAUAAAACAAUUUACCUCACUUAGUUUAAAUUGCAACGUGUGGAAACAGGGUGAACUGCGAGCGAACUGUCUUGCCAAAAUCGCUCCAGUUUUGCUGUCCAUAGUUUCUAGAUAUAGAAUUUAGUCCCUGUCCGGGGUGGUAUAUGGGUUAUUACUGACUAGUGUUAUAGAGGCAGUGUGGUCGACUGCUAACUAUGAAUUUGUUCAAGUCUAACGCAUUUUUCCCGCUUUAUUCUCCGGGCCUAAAGCGCCCGGAAAAUAGAUUUAAAAAAAGUAAAUAAAUAAUAAUAGAAAAUGUGCGAGCUAAAUCGUGUGAGGUUGUUCUUUUUUUGAGAAUAGUGUCGUUUUACGAGAUCCGAAAUGAGAGAGAUGCGCAAGCGUUGAGGAAAUCAUCCGGUUCUGCAAGAAAAUCGGCGUCGAAGACAAGUUAUGGGUCACUGUCUUUGUUUUUGUAUAUUUAUAUUAUGAACGUGUUUUAUGUAAAGCUAUGUACACAAAUAAAUAUUUAUUAUUGUUUU